AUGCCAGACAUAGAUGAGAAGCAUCCCAAUGUCUCUUUUCCUUUCCAGAUAAUCUUCACAGGACAAAGAGCAACAAUGGGCAAUAAAAUUACAAAGGAUUUUCUCUCAAAACAAUUUGAAGAAUUUGGGAGAGAUUUGAGUCAAAGCAGUGUUCCUGAACUGGCAGCUAAGUACCAAAAGGAUUUGAAUGAAAUGCAAAAUCUGCCCCUUAAUAUUGCAGUUGCUGGGUCGGUAGGUGCGGGUAAAUCCUCCUUUGUCAAUGCCAUCCGGGAUGUAAGGGAUGAUGAUGAAGAAGCAGCUGAGACCGGGAUAGUAGAACAAACCAAGGAUCCAAAGGCAUAUCCCCACCCCUCUUCCCCCCAAAUCCAAAUAUGGGACCUUCCAGGAAUCGGAACAGAUAACUUUAAGGCAGCAGAUUAUCUGAAGAAGAUCCAAUUUGAAACAUAUGAUGUUUUUAUUAUGGUUACCUCUGACCGCUUUACUGAAAACGAUGCUUUGCUGGCAGAAGAAAUACACAGAACGAAGAAGAAGUUUUAUUAUGUACGUAGCAAAAUAGAUAUCAGUAUCGAAAGUGAAAAGAGGAAAAGGAAUUUCGAUAUGGAGGAAACCCUGGCAAAGAUAAGGCGCUAUUGUGAAGAUAGUUUGAGUAAGGCAGGUGAUCUUUCUGCAAGAGUAUUUCUGAUCUCCAACUGGAAGGUAGACAAGUAUGAUUUCCCUCGCCUGCAAGAGACAAUAGCCGCUGAACUUCCUGACUAUAAGAAGCAGAUUUUAACACUGGCUGUGCAUCAUUUCUCAGAAAAAGAAUUAGCGGUGAAAAAAGAGCUGAUGAAAUCAUAUAUACAGAAGGUAGCGUUAGUGUCUUGUGCUUGUGGAAUAGUGAGAGUUCCAGGUCUCUCUAUGUUUUGUGAAAUUGGGAUAUUGCUGGAUGCUCUGAAACGUAUCUGCAUUGCGUUUGGCUUAGACGACCAGAGCCUUCAUUUUGUUGCAC